AUGGCCGACGAAGCAGCUCGCGCUCACGCCGCUGAAGUGGCGCGCGCUCAAGAAGAAGGAAGAGAUCCACCUCCUCCUCCUAAUCCACAAGACCCUGCUGGAGAUGUGAACGCACAACCCCAAGCGGAGCACCUACAAUCGGAGACUAUGACUCUGCCGAUGCUUUCUUCAUGGAUAGAAACCCUAUCCAUCCACCACUUCCUGCAAGGAAUGACUAUGAGAUCAAGCCUCAGAUCAUUGCAUUGCACUACAAGAUCCAAUGGAGUCUCUGCUGACUACCUUAAGUGCAAGCUCUUUUCAUUCUCUCUUGGCGACAAAGCUUCAAGAUGGUUGAAGUCUCUGCCAGCUCACUCCAUCACCACUUGGGAUGAGUACAAGGCUGCAUUCAUCAACCACUUCUACACCAACAGAGAUCAAUUUCUGGACUGCCCUAAUCAUGGUUUCAAUGAGGGAAACCUAUGGAACAUCUUCUAUCGUGGCAUAGACCACAAGUACAAGCUUUCAUUGGACACUGCAAGCAAUGGAAACUUCAUGACCAAGACUGUUGAUGAAGCUAAGGUUCUUAUUGAGAAUCUUGCAGCUAGUGAUUGUAACAACUGUCCUGAUUAUGACCGCUCAAGCCGCACCACUACUAGCUCCCCUGAUUCUUUUCAAAUGACUGAACUCAAGAACAUGAUGGCUCAAGUUCUUAAGGGACAGCUCAAGCAUAUCAAUGCAAUAGAAGGGAUGAGUGAUGCUAAUGAAGAUUCAUCAAGAGAAUGCAUGGGAGAUUUCUCUAAUGAAGCCAAUGAAGAAGAUGUGAACUACAUUGGAAACUAUGGGAACAAGGGAUACAAUCCAAACUAUGGCCUCCAAGGCUUGAUUCUCACUGGCUAA